AUGAAGCUUACACUCCUUACCGCCGCCGCAACGGCACUCAUCGGCACCGUCUCGGCGUUCCCCUCGUUCCAGAACGCCGACUCGCCGCAGUACGCCGAAUUCCUCAAGCAGGCUGCCGCUAUCAAGUCCAACGGCAAGUCGUCGGCGCUGUGGAAGCGCGAUGGCAACCUUGAGACGCCAGACAAUGGCUUCGGCCAGCGCAGGCUCACGGCGCUCCUCAACCCAGCCAACUUCAAGUACAACGCCAAGGAGCAGCACGUUGACCUCACCUCGGAUGAGCACAAGUUCAUCGCUCCAGGGCCUAACGACAUCCGUGGACCCUGCCCCGGUCUCAACCUGCUCGCCAACCACGGUUACCUGGACCGCAGCGGUGUCACCAACCUCGCACAGGGUAUCGAUGCCAUCAACAAGGUCUUCGGUGUCGAGUACGACCUGGCGCUCGCCCUCAACGCCUACGCCGUCGUCUUCAACGGCAACCUCCUCGACCUGUCGUGGUCGAUCGGUGGCCCGCCCAAGUCCAAGGGCCUCGGUGCCCUGACCGAGAUCCUCCUCGGCCAGCCCAGCGGCAUCAACGCCCACAACAUCUACGAGGGCGACGCCUCAAUCGUUCGCCAGGACUACUACGCGCCCGGAGCCAACCGUGACAACGUCGAGGUCCACAUGCCCUACUUCAAGGACCUGCUCAAGCUGGGCAAGAACGACCAGACGCCGGGCAAGGACAUCUACAAUGCCGAGCUGAUGCUGCAGCACAAGGCGAACCGCUGGCACGAGUCGGUGGCGACGAACCCCCUCUUCUUCAACUCGGCCUUUGGCGGUCUCGUUGUGACCACUGCCGCCGAGCGCUUCGUGGCCGAGUUUGCUGCCAACAACACCGCCGACGCCAACGGAUACAACCGCAUCUAUCUCGACGAGCCCAACCUCCUCGCCUUCUUCUCCGUCGUGCGCAACAAGGACGGCAGCCUCACCUACACGCCCGGCCACGAGCGCCUGCUCGAGUCCUGGGUCCGCCGCCCAUUGGCCUCGACGUUCGGCCUCGACGACAUUGUACUGACGCUCCUCAACGCCGCCUCCAUCGACCCUAGCCUGCUGAGCGUGGGUGGCAACACCGGCAAGGUCAACAGCUUUGCCGGUGUCGACGCUGGUGACAUCACCGGUGGCGCUGUCCACACCGCGGACCUGCUCAACGACCCCCAGGCCCUUGCCUGCUUCCUCUUCCAGGCCGGUAUCGAGGAGCUGGUGCCUACGCAGGUCAACGUCCUGUACAAGUCCACGGCCCAGGCUCUCGACUUCAUCGGCAAGAACCUCAAGACGCCGUUCCAGAAGCUCGCCACGGCCGGCAACAACCCCUGCAACAAGUACUCGACCAAGGCCGUCGAUGCCUACAGCCGCUUCCCUGGCUCCAAGAUCGAGACCAACGGAAAGGAGGGUCUCCUCGGCUCCCUCGUCAACGCCCUUGCUGGCGGCAAGCGACGCCUGUCUCGCAACUUCUAGACGAG